AUGGAUGAACAGUCGGAUCCAUCAGACCCAUCACAGACUUCACAGGCGACAAGCUCCAAUCCUGUGGAAAAUCCUCUCAAUGGCUUAAGUAAACCAUAUAAUUAUUCGCGUCGAAAAGCCGGCGAAUUCUAUUCAGCAAAGACAGUAUUUUUUUAUAAGGAAGGAGAUAUUUAUUUUACGGGUUUAAGAGUGCCUGUUUCUAAAGCCAGAUACAGAACUAUAGAUUCACUGCUUGAUGACCUUAGUCACAGCAUAUCAAUGCCGUUUGGAGUACGGCGGGUUACCACUCCAUUUGGCAAAACUACAAUCGAAAGUAUAGAUCAAUUCGAGCAUUUAGGAAGAUAUAUUGUUUCGUCAACAAGAAAUGUAAGACCGUUGGAUUUUUCGUUGAUAGAUAAGAUCGGUAAAGUACGAAAAGAAAGACAUAUGCAAAUGCAAGUCAAUAAACCUGGUGGAGCAUCAUUUUGGGUACCAACGUCACCAACUUUCAAAGCUAAGUUACGGAUGUCAAGAGCAAUUGGUCUUUCCUGUCUACCGCCUACUGCAAAACAGCUGUUAUUUGUAUUAAAUGGUAAGCCGUCUCGAAUUUAUCGUGCAGUUUUAAAUCCUGUUAGAGCCAAAACUUUUGAUGCACUGCUACAAGAGGUGUCCGAAGGUCUCAAUGUACGUAUUCUUUACAGUCUUAUCAUAACAGUAGCCUUCAUUGCAAUUUUCAAAAUAUAUGCAUAUAAUGGGAAACGUUUGACGACUAUCGACGAGCUCAUGUCUUUAGGAGAGGCACGAGUGUUAGCCGUGCCCCGAAACGAGAAGCCAAAGUUUAGAACAAAAUCAUCGUUUCAAAAUCAAAAACCAUUUCCCAGUGUUUCUAUGAGUAAACCGUCGAAUUCUACAGGCAGCUCUUCAGCACUGAUAAAUGACUAUGCAAUUAGCGAAUCGAAAACUCCGUCACAGUAUACCGAAACUUUAUCACCAGAUACGGAUAAUUCUAUAGAAAAAAAAUAUUCAAGAAGAGCGCAAACCACAAAAAAGCGGCCAAAAUUACUUGGUAGAACUGUGAAAAAAUCAUCGACAAAAAAACGGCGGCGAUCUCAAGGAGGUUCAGCAGACAUAGAUGAUAAGCAGGAACUAAGCGAUAAAAAUAUUGGCGAUAUUAGUGAAAAGAACUCAACGGCUGACACUGACGGUGUGUUGCGAAUAUCUGCCGACUUGACCAUCGAUAAAAACGAGACAGAAUUUGACGAUACUGUAUUGUAUACAGAAAUGGACGAAAAAAUUCCUGAAGAAUCAGAGGAACAAUUUGAAGAUCCGGAAAUGAUAGACAUUCAAAAUGAAGCAGCAUCAAAAAUCCAGAUCUUCUAUAGAAAACACCAUGCUAAGAUGAAAAGACCAAAAGAUGCUGAACAGUCAAGAAACGUUUUAAGUGCAAAUAGCCAUAGACUGCCAACUACAGGAAGCAAGAUAGAGCCAGACGAGACAAGUAAUGAACCUGCAGAUAAACAUAAUUUAGUAAAAAACAGCGAAGAGUCAGCUGAAACAGUGUCAGAAAAAAAUGACAAUAAACGACGUCCCUUAACAUUAAGUAGAGGUCGACCAAAAAGUGACCAUAAAGCUGCAAAUGCUGCAACUAAAAUACAAUCUGUUUGGCGAGGGUACAAUACUCGUAAAAAGCUAAAAUUUCAGAAGAAAGAUGAUGGUAACAAGGGAAAAAAAUUGGCUGUCAUAGUGGAAGAAGAUGAUUCUCGGUCAGAUAACACUAGAAAAGAAUCGAUUGCUGCAGAAAACAGUUCUGAUCAAAUUAAUCUUUCAAAGGACGAAAAGCAGAGUUUGUUCACUUUAUUUGGGCAUAUAUUUGUAGACGUUAUUUGUAUACAUCGUUUGAGCAAACGUAUAUCUUUAGAUACCACUUAUACUAUAUCGGUGUUAACGGGUAAUCGAUGGGCAGCUGAGAUGGAUAAGGAUCUUUAUGUUGAACUGUAUGGUGAAUAUGCCCGCAGUGGAAGGCAUACACUUCGGCAAGAUUAUAUUAACUGGUUACAGACAAAAGAAGAAAAGUUUCGGCGGAAUCACAUCGACUCAUUUUUAAUUGAAACAGUCAAUCUUGGAACUCUUACAAAACUAGUUAUUGGUCAUGAAAAUUAUGGCUAUGGAGCUGGUGUAUUUAUUGAACAAGUAUUGGUAACGGAGAAUGUUGCCGAAGGAAGGCAGUUUUUAUUUCAGUGCAGUAAAUGGUUAGACAGUGGUCAAGUUGAUGGCAAAAUUUCUAGGAUUUUAAAGAUGGCAGCAUUUUACUAUAUAUCAACGAUUCCACGUGACAACGUAACUACCAAGGGACGAUGGGAACUGAUAUUGCAUUCUGGUGGUAAAGAUGGAACCGGCGGAACCACAUCAAAUUUAAACAUUAUCGGUUAUAGCAAAGAUGAUGUUUCUGCAUCUAAUAAAAUCUAUGAUAAAAAACUUGCCGAUGUACCAUCAACGUCACUUGUUCAGAUUGACUUUGGUGAUAUUGGAGAUUUGUUGAAAAUCCGCAUUGAAAUAGAUGGAAACGGAGAUUUGCCAAAUUAUUACCUUGAAAAAGUUGAGUUAAGAGACAUGGACACUGAAGAACGAAUGGUAUCUUAUGUAGAAAAAUGGCUAAUUUGGAAUCCUCAAGAACCAAAUCAACAACCGUUCAGGGAGUUUCCAGUAUUCAGAGCAGCAUUCGAACCGCUAAAUAUAAUGAACUAUGAGGGUAAAUUACGACUGUCUGAUAAGAAUAAAAUGCAUUUGGCUACUGAAAAUGCAAACUUACAAAUUUUUGGUGAAUUUGGUAGCACUGGCCGAUUUCCUGUAAAACUUGUUUCACCAGAUGACGAUAAAACGGAAGUAUCUUUCAAAACAGAAGCUGUCACUGUUGGACUUAUUCGAUCGAUACGGCUAUACGUUCAAACUGAUAACAUCGGUGAGGAAGUUUACGAAGGUUUAUGCCAGCUGCAGUCCAUCUACGAUAAUGCUCUGAAAGCCGACAUCAAUAUUGCUUCAAAUUGGAUUGUCAAAGAUGCCGUCAUUCGAGAAUCGCAACAUACACCGUAUCGAUUUAUUCUUCAAAAUAGCCGAGUUCGACCUCAAGAAGAAGACACUGAAGAAAUUUUCAAAGAAGUUACUUUUACAGGUAUGGAGGGUCUAGCGACAAAAAUGAGCAAAAAGAAAGCUAUUAAAAAGGGUGCUUCACAGUGGUGCCUUAAAAUGAAGGUGGCUAACAGCAGUCGAUUGAUGCCCAAAAUAAUCCUCUGCAGUAAAAAUGCCACCACAGAGAUGGUUGUUGUUGACGAAAAACCCUCAGAAAACCUAUACUUUUUUGAGCAGCGGCAAACAGACGAUGGUUUGUUGCUGAAAGUAAGGGUAUCUAUUGAUGAUGGCCAACAUUCGAGUGGAAGUAUGUCAGCUGAUAAGAGAAACGCUGCAGAUUCUUUAGAAAUUUUAAAAAUGACACUACACGAUAAAGUCAAUGGUGACGAACUACGAUUUUUUGACUUGAAUGCUGUAUUAACCAGUGAAUCAGUAUGCGAAUUUCCAGCAAUAUGGCCAGACAUAUCACCAUUAAAUAGUCAGCUUUUUUUUUGUACAGAUUCAAAAAUAACAAUGUAG